AUUUGAAAGCAUAUUCAACAAAGGAAUAAGGCCAUUGUCUCUGUAUUUCAAGACAGCCCAAAUGCUUCAGGUUUCCGUUGUUGCCCUUAGGAUAUGGUCCAGACUUGAGCUCUCCUACUUAAUACAAUACAGUUGUUCACAAAUAGCAAGGUGCUUUGACCUUGUUUUGGACCAAUCCCAGAGGACACACUUACCUAUAAAGACCCCUGAAGACGGCCCAAAGACUUCAAACAAAGAUCUACCAGCCUUUAGCAACAGAGUCAAGAUUUUAGCAGAGAGAAUCAACAAAUCCAAGGCAAAGCUGAAGAACAACAAUGAAGAUUCUUUUAAUAUUCCUCUCCUUGAUAGUCAGAAGUAGUCAGCUGACACUAAAUGAGUGUGGAACAGAGGCAAGACGGCCACAGGUCAGUGACAUUGCAGUGAAGUGUGGCACUUCAUCCAUUGACCUGGCAAUCGAAAUCUGCCCAGUCAUCUACACUGGCUUCAACGAGACACUACUGAUCCUGAACCAUAUGUUGGACCCAGUAUGCAGGGCAACCCUCGAUGAUUCUGUGAUGCCACCUGUUGCUCGGUUUAACUUCCCCCUGAACAUGACUCAUGCCUGUGGAAGCAUAUUCCGAACCACCAGUGCUGCUGGGACAGGCAUAUUUUCUGACUUUUCCAACAUCCAGACUGUCAACAUCAGCGGCGUUGUUCGGUCCAUUGACCCCACCACAGGCACAAUCACUUACAACGCUGAGCUGAAGUACUACUACUCCUGUGCCUACCCCUUAGAGUAUCUGGUCAACAACACCCAGAUUGAUGUGUCGGCUUCCUCCAUCUCAAUCAAGGACAACAAUGGGAGUUUCAUCAGCACCUUAAGCAUGGAGCUGUUCAGCGAUGCCAACUACACCAAACCAAUGGUUAUUCCACAGCUGGGGAUUGAACUGAGGACCAGUGUGUAUGUCGAGGUCAAGGCCACAAACUUGACAGGGCAGUACCAUGUUCUGCUUGACAGGUGCUAUGCCUCCAUCUCCCCGCUGCCGUCCAACUCCAGCUUCUUCAACCUCUUUGUUCCCUGCUCCAAGGACCGGUUCACCACUAUGAUUGAGAAUGGAGACAGCCAGAGCGCCCGCUUCCGCUUCCCGGCCUUUCGCUUCAUCGAGCAGCAGAAUGAGACCGUGUCCACUUACUACCUCCACUGCAUCACCCGACUCUGUGAGAGGAGCACCUGCAGCACAUUCAAGCAGUGCAGCAGCAGGAGGAAGAGGAGCACCCUGGACACAAGUGCAGGUAUUACCAAGACCUACACCAUCACCUCUCCAGAGAUCGUCACCAAAGCUGACAGCAUCGAGUCCAAAGAGAAGCCCCUUUUGGCGGAUGAAGAAGACGACUCUGCUGUCGGGCUUGGAGUGGCUGUUGGCAUCCUCGCCUUUGCUUGUAUCAUUGCCCUUAGUGUUGCAGCCAUCUUUUACAAGAGGCUCAGGAACUAAGGAGGCAUAAAUGAGCUGAAAUGCAGGACACUUGCCUCAGGCCUAUAGGCCAAACACUUUUUGGGGUGUACUGUAUCUGCUCACUCAUUUUACUUUUCUGGUGGAAGACUGACCACUGCAUCUGUUGGGAGAACAUAAUGUCUGUUACUGUAGCCCUAACUGUGUAUUAGUCCUGAAAAGGUAGUUCAGAAGAAUGUUGCAUCUUUAGAGGAUUUGAUAGUGUUAAAAAUUCUUUAUUUCCCAAAUGGACAAAGCUAUAAGUGUUAAUGCAUGUCCGCACUUUUUAAGCUUUGAAAAAAAAAAAUAGAAGAAAAAUGGUAAGUGGAAGGAAUAACUGUAAAAACAUUACAGAAAUCCCAGUCAUUAGGUGGAAUGUUAGGUGUGUGGGAUGUUUUGAAAGAGAAGUCAAAGUACCUUUCAAAGUAUUAUGUCUCUAAUUUAUUGAACUUGUUGCUUUCGAAUAAAUAAAGCUACCACACUGAAAAUGUUACGGUAAAUUGCCUGAAUUCAUAGUCUCUUUGUGUCUUUCAUUGAGUCACUGCAGUUAGCUUCACUUCCCAAACGAAUCCAAUAAUCCAGUCCACAAAGGCCCCACCACCCUUGUGUUCAUCUCCACCAAGCACACUCAAAUUAAUUAUUGACCCAUAAAAUACUGAAGGACAGUGUGUUGUCUGUAAUGUACCAUCUUAAGAAAGGGACUGUAGAACAAACUAAUUUCCUUGUCUGUUAACUAUCAAUG